GUCGACCGCAGAACAAAUUCGUCCCUUGUAUCACCUCAGACGCGAACCAUAAAACCCCUUAUAAGGGGUCUGCUAGCUCCUAGCCAUGCUCCAGACCCCGACUUCGUUCCGCGCACACCCGCUCGCCAUGCGCUUCCCGUCGGUUCGCUUCCUGCCGUCAAGUGCGGCGCCGGCGGUGGUGGCCGCGAACGCGCGCAUCGCCUGGAUGGCGCGCGCGGGGAACAUGGAGGGCGCCCGCGCGACGUUCGAGGCCAUGCCCCUCCGCACCACCGCUUCCUACAACGCCCUCAUCGCCGGCUACUUCCGUAACCACCUCCCGGAGGCCGCCCUCGGCCUCUUCCGCCGCAUGCCCUCCCGCGAUCUCGGCUCCUACAAUGCUCUCAUCUCCGGCUUCUCCCUCCGCCGUCACACCCUCCCUGAUGCGGCGGCCGCGCUCGCCUCCAUCCCCUUACCCCCCUCAGUCGUCUCCUUCACCUCCCUCCUGCGCGGGUACGUGCGCCACGGCUUCCUGGCCGACGCCAUCCGCCUGUUCCACCAGAUGCCCGAGCGCAACCACGUCUCCUACACGGUUAUGCUGGGUGGUUUUAUUGAUGCCGGCCGUCUCGACGAGGCCCGCAAGCUGUUCGACGAAAUGCCUGACAAGGACGUCGUUGCACGAACUGCCAUGCUAUCUGGGUACUGCCAGGCUGGCCGAAUUGCCGAGGCACGCCUGCUGUUUGAUGAUAUGCCGAAGAGGAAUGUUGUGUCAUGGACUGCAAUGAUAUCUGGAUACUCUCAAAACGGGAAGCUUAACCUUGCACGGAAGCUUUUUGAGGUGAUGCCUGAUCGCAGUGAGGUGUCAUGGACUGCUAUGUUAGUCGGGUACAUACAGGCUGGACAUAUCGAGGAUGCCGAGCAGCUGUUUAAUGCAAUGCCAGAGCACCCAGUGGCUGCCUGCAAUGCGAUGAUGGUUGGGUUUGGGCAGCGCGGGAUGGUGGAUGCUGCCAAGGCAGUGUUUGAGAGAAUGCAAGAGAAGGAUGAUGGUACGUGGAGUGCAAUGAUUAAAGCGUAUGAGCAGAAUGAGUUCUUGAUUGAGGCAUUGUCUACUUUCCGUGAUAUGUCAUGGAGAGGUAUCCGUCCAAACUACCCAUCAGUCAUUAGCAUCCUUACUGUGUGUUCGGCACUAGCUAUUCUCAAUUAUGGAAGGGAGGUGCAUGCUGCAAUGCUGAGAUGCUCCUUUGACAUGGACAUUUUUACUGUUUCGGCAUUAAUCACAAUGUACAUCAAAUGUGGAAAUUUGGAUAAAGCUAAUAGGGUCUUCAAUAUGUUUGAGCCCAAAGAUGUCGUGAUGUGGAACUCAAUGAUCACUGGUUAUGCUCAACAUGGGUUGGGGGAGGAAGCACUUGGCAUAUUUAAUGACAUGACGAUUGCAGGAAUGGCACCUGAUGGGAUUACUUAUAUUGGAGUCCUCACUGCUUGUAGCUAUACCGGGAAAGUAAAAGUAGGGAGGGAAAUUUUCAAUUCUAUGUGUAAGAAUUCUGCCAUCCGACCAGGAGCGGAGCAUUACUCUUGUAUGGUUGAUUUGCUUGGUCGAGCUGGACAUGUAGAUGAAGCAUUGGAUUUGAUUAAGAACAUGCCAGUUGAAGCCGAUGCUAUCAUCUGGGGAGCACUGAUGGGUGCCUGUAGGAUGCACAAGAAUGCUGAGAUUGCCGAGCUUGCUGCUAAGAAGCUAUUAGAGCUAGAGCCCGAGAGUGCUGGACCAUAUGUUUUGCUCUCUCACAUUUAUACAUCCACUGGGAGGUGGGAAGAUGCUUCUAAGAUGCGGAAAUUCAUUAGCUCAAGGAAUUUAAACAAGUCUACAGGCUGUAGUUGGAUAGAGUACGACAAGAGGGUGCACCUCUUCACAUCUGGUGAUAUAUUAGCACACCCAGAGCAUGCUAUUAUCCUUAAGAUGUUGGAGAAACUAGAUGGUCUACUGAUGGAAUCUGGUUACUCAGCUGACGGAAGCUUUGUGCUCCAUGAUAUAGACGAAGAGCAAAAACUUCAUAGCUUGCGAUAUCAUAGUGAGAGGCAGGCUGUGGCGUAUGGACUUUUGAAAGUUCCAGAAGGAAUGCCCAUUCGUGUCAUGAAGAACCUUAGAGUGUGUGGUGACUGCCAUGCUGCCAUGAAGUUGAUUGCAAAAAUUACUUCCCGGGAAAUCAUACUCAGAGAUGCUAAUAGGUUCCAUCAUUUCAAAGACGGAUUUUGCUCAUGCAGGGACUAUUGGUGAGGUGAAUGGCAAGGUAGAUUCCUUGUCCUACAUCAUCUCAUCCUGCUAUUUGGGAACAUAUUCAGAAUCCAUGUGCCAGAGCCAUGAGUUGGUCGCGAGAUCUUAUGGGUUUCACCUCUAGCCUACCCCAACUUGUUUGGGACUAAAGGCUUUGUUGUUGUUGUUGUUGUUGUUGAACAUAUUCAGAAUCCGGGUUUCAUCUGAACAUGAUUUCAUCAUCUACUGUGAGCGAACUGCACAUGGGGAGCUUGUUCCCUUCAGGGAGUCACUGUUUUUCAAGAGCAGCAUGUUAUUUGAAUGGGUACAAACCCCAAAAGACAGCUUAAGACUGGUGAAGCAGUGGAGUUCGUCUAUUGUGAUAGGUUUGAUAGGAAAAAUUAGGACAUUCAUGACACGGCGGAAGACUGAAUAUGCUGUGGUGGCAGUCCGAUCACAAAAUCACUCAUGGAGAUUUUGAGUGUGGAACAGAGCCUUCAGAUUUUUUACUGUUGGCAUAAUCCUGUUGGCGACUAAUCGGCUACUGUGGCUUCUCAGCACUCAGCAGUUUGUUUGGCAAACAAAGGAUCCAGGUAUCACCUCUAUGAAUUCGCCAAAGGGUGUGUUUGGUUGUGCGCGAACCAAGCACAUCGAAAAAUCAAGAUAGCGGAGGUGGAGUUACCAGUGCAUUUGAAGAAUUGUUCUGAUAAAAUGAACUUCAGCUACCAUAACUCCACACAAAGCAAGAAAUUAUCAAAAUAAUUCAAAAAAGAGAUAUUAGAUUACUUAAUAGCACAAACAAAGAUUUAGUUCAUUUGAAAAACCUUUUGUAAAAUAGGUGAAAGCGAUUGAUUACUUAAUACCAACCUCUUAAGUUGCAUGUCUGAUUGCAUUAUUCCACCAACUCCCGAAUUCAUUCUAUAGUUGUCAGGUAGGAGGAUGUUAUGUAUUUUCCGGGCUCUACGCUCUUUCAAAAAACUAAGCUGGCUGGCCCUCUAAUGCCCUUAUAGCCAACGUGGUAUAUGCCCGCCUUUCUGUUGACACCGGCUUUUGGCAUGCACAGAAGUGUUCUCAAGAUGAUCUUUAUUGGGAACUGAUCAUCAUGAAAGUUGUGUGUUUUGUCGAGACGAGCAACUUUGCUUUUUCAGAUCAUCUCAAUCCGAGGUCGUAUGCGACCUCUAGAGCCAAAAAAGGGUUAAAAAACAGGUGCCCAAAACAACUCAGAGGCUCUGAAUAUCAAUUCGAGCCAAAGCAAAAGCGCAUGCCGCUUAGAGCCCACUCGGAAGAGGUGAGGAGGCUUCUCUGUGCCAGGGCUUCAGGUGAAAACCUUUGGCCCUACGGACUAGGCAACGGAUACACUUUGCGCCGUUAUUACCCUUUUGGGGGGUGUUGUCAUGGAGCCCAUGUACAGUUGGUUGUGACGUAGUGUCUUCGCGCUCUCAUGUGCUCAUUCGCAACAUUAGUAGUGCACUUUGCGCUUUUUUGUGGUGCGAUGUUUGAAUUUUCUUUUGGUCUACUUUGUAAGAGGGCUAACUUACUAUCUUGUAUCGUUUGGUUGUUUGGCUUUAUAUAUAAAGCUGGAUGAAAGCCUAUUUUGGGGGCUUCGGGUUACCUGUCCGAGUUAGGCACGUGUUUAGUUUUUGGACGGGAUUUUAAGUCCCUUUCUUAUAUGAAAGCCUAGAGUCAGAGGUGAUGGCCUAUUAAACAACAAACAAUUUGUCAAAUCCAUGUACUACUUUAUUAUUGUUGCUUCUCGUUCUUUGGUGUUCUUCGUCUUUGACGACAGUGAACCACAAGGCCCUAGAGGAGGUUAGGCCGACUUGGGACAGCUCAUAGUCGUCAUGCUCGGACAGGAUCCCUCCCUAAUGUGCGAGAUUUCGGGUCUUCAAGAGACAUUGUUUGUGUGUCCUGCAUAUCACGUUCCUGGUGAGGCUCCUUCGGCGAUGUGUUAUACGUAUUGUACUCGAUGCUGAGAGCACACCAUGACAAAGAGAUUGACAUCUACAAAUUGCACUCUAAAAGAUAAUAUCAAAACCCUGUAUGUGCAAAUAAUUCAUAUGUUAAUGUUGUUAGAUCCUUUGAUGGUUGUAAACUGAAAAACAAAGUUGUAAACUGGACAUUUCAUCAUGGUUCAUGAAAGAAAUUAGACUUCACACCUUUUUCAUUCCAUAAGGCCAUAACACAACAUUAGCAUUGGUAUCAAGGGGCUUAAAAUUACUUAGUCAAAGGGCAACAAAAACCAAUAGUCACCAAGUUGCCCAUAUAAACUGCAGUGGAAACCAAUACCAACUUAUGGUUAGAUGGUUAGGAGGGUGAUUGUACCCCCAGCCCAUCAGGAAAUGUUUGAUUCUUGCAUAUCUCAUAAAUGUGGAUUUUUUUUAUGGGUGGGUGGCAACGUUCCAUCGAUAGCGAGGUGUAUGUGUUUCUCAAAAAGAGAGAAAAAAAGUCAGUUUACAUUGGAUAAACUGGAUUGUCAGAAUCUACCUUGAUACCAAGGCGGCAAAAACAGUACUAUCAGGGAAGUGUCUGGGGGAAAGGAACAGAAAAUUCCGGAUUCUGCAGCUUCUUGAGUUUUAAGCAUACUUUUUUGCUUUGCGGAAUCAGAUGACUGCUUGAGAAUUACAACACGGCCCACGCAUAUUUAACAUGGGCGAGUACUAGGCGCCGGCGCACCGGCCGAAACUUUCGGCCGGUCCGCUCUGCACCGUAGGAUUAGCAUAUUGUCAACCGUUUAAACUUUAUCCCCUACCCCCAAUACGCAUCGUCUUUCUCCACAAACCAAUGCACGACCCUGUAGAACUCGGCGCCUAGCUUGCCGUAGCAGCACCGACUAGACACUCCCAUCGCCAAUCACCGCCUCGCCGUGGCCGCUCGCCGUCUCGCCAGAUGCAGCGGAGGCCCGUCAAAACAAAUAUGCCCCCAACGGUUUCACUGGCCGUUGGGCUCUGGAAGCUGGUUGCAACAUAAUAAAUUGCUGGUUCCAGCAAACAAAUUCUCUGGUUCCAGCAAUAACAUGGAUCCGGCAAAAAAUCAAAAGAUGGGAUGGUGGCAAAAAUCAAAGACGGUGGCAGCAAAAAACACAGACGAUGGUAGCAAAAAAUUGAAACUGGGUUUCAGCAGCAAAUCAUAGACGGGCGGUAGCAAAAAUCGAAAAGGCCAGUGGUAGCAAAAAUUAGAGAUAGUUCCAGCAAAAAACAUCUCAAAUUACAGAUCCUAGCAAAAAAGGUCGCUAAUUCCAGCAAAACAAAAGAACGGUUGUAGCAAAAAAGGCCACUGAUUGUAGCUCCCGCCAAGGCCGGUUCCAGCAUCUCGUCUGCCCGUCGUAGCACGACAUAGCCGUCGUUCCAGCACCGCGGCCGGGGCUUGCAGGAGCCGCACCUCUUGAUUCCAGCUUUAGAUGACAACGGUCGCAGCACCGCCCUCUGCCGGUUCCAACACCUCUUGUCCUGGAGCUUGCACUACGUCGUGGUAGCAGCAGCGCGCGGGGGGGGGGGGGCACUGGUGUGGUGCUAGUGAUUGGCAGAGGAGCAGGAGCUUGAUGAACCCCUGAGGGUGGAAAAAGUGAGGUGGAUUCUGUGUGCGGCGAUUGGCCGACGAGCUGCCAUGGCCGGCCAGCACAGCCUGCCGCCGGUGGGGGGAGCGGGGGACGCAUGGAAGAAGAGGGGAAGACGA